AUGCUAGCCCAAUUUGGGAGCGCGAAAGCCUGGCCGGUGUACAUGUUCUUCGGGAACGAUUCGAAGUACCGGAGAUGUAAACCAUCCAAUAAGCUCGGCGAACAUGUCGCAUUUUUGGAGAAGCUCCCCGAUUCCUUCAAAGACUUCUACCUCGAUGCCUCUGGAAAGGAUCGAAUCGACCCUGCCCUCCUUACCCAUUGUGAACGGGAGCUUUUCCAUGCUCAAUGGCGCCUUCUCCUUGAUGACGAGUUCAUUGAGGCCUACCAGCACGGGAUUGUCGUAGACUGUCCCGAUGGUCAUUACCAGGAGAAAAUCGUGGUUGCCAGUAUCCGCAACCUUGGUAGAUGCCCUUGUCCUCGGUGUCUCAUACCCUUGGAAGAAGUGCACCUGAUGGGACAGGUUAAAGAUAUGCAAAACCGAGACAAAAAAAAGCGUGUAGAUGACGAAAAACGUCGUCAGUUGAUUGCAGACGCACGAAAGCGCAUCUAUCUCGAUCGUGUUCCGGUCACCAGCGUCAAAGUGAACCGCCUCCUUCAAAAUAGGUCUUUAGUUCCGACGAGAAACGCAUUUUCCGAACGACUGUCUCCCUUUGGCUUCGACUUCCACCAGAUGGUGGUCGUCGACAUCCUCCACGAGGUCGAUGGAGGUGUUUGGAAGUAUGUAUUUGUACAGUUACUGCGCUUGCUGGAGGCUGUACAGAGUGGCCAGGUUAAUGAACUGGACAGGCGCUAUCGUCUGGUGCCUACAUUCGGUGUCGAUACCAUCCGCCGGUUCCGCAACAACAUUUCCGAAAUGAAACAGUUGGCCGCGCGAGAUUUUGAAGACAUGCUUCAGUGCGCUAUCCCUGUGUUUGAAGAGCUCAUGCCAGCUCCUCAUAAUCGAAGAAUCAUGCGCAUGCUGUUUUCAUUCGUGCACUGGCAGGCCCUAGCAAAACUCCGGCUUCACACCUCCCAUACGCUCACGCUGCUUGAGAAGUGGACUAGGAUUUUGGGCGACGAUGUCCGAGAGUUCGAAUCCAAGACCUGUGGCGAGAUCGCAACCAAGGAGCUCGCUCGCGAGUUCCAGGCGAGGCAACGCCGGGAGGCCAAAGCUGAAGAGAAGAAGAAAAAGGCAGCGGGGACUCAUGCGUCAACUCCUGCCUCUGGCCAGAAUGAAUCACAUUCCGCCGACGUGGGAGGAGCGAACCAGGGGAAAGGAAAGGGAAAGGCCGUCAUCGUUGAUGAGCCCGAAAGAACUCCUCAGGCUGGUCCUUCAAGUUCGCGUUUGUAUCCCGUCGAUAUAGGAGGCCGUGACGCAUCGAAAGAAGGUCAGCCAUCCGAAUCUGCAGAUGGUGGUGCCAAACCACCACCACCGACAGCUAAAGACUUGCGUCGCUACAAAACAUUGAACCUCAAGACCUCCAAGUGGCACUCCUUUGGUGAUGUUGCGAAGCACAUCAAGCUUUUUGGAACGACAGACUCUUAUUCCACCCAGUUGCCGGAGCUGUACCAUAAGUUCUCAAAACGUCGCUACAAGCGCACAAACAAGAAACGCAUAGCCUUACAACUCGCAAGAAUACACAUGCGGCAGAACCGAAUCGCCAAAAUUCGUCGCCGACUAUUCCCCAAUCCCCGCGAAGAAGGAUUUCCCGAGGAGGAGUUAGAUGAAUCACAUUUCAUCGGAAAGUCUCAGAAUCGCCCCGUCCCCCUCCGUUCGUUUGCUCGAGGAGAGGCGGAUGGCACACAAGACCCCGCCUAUCGGAACUUCGUCUGGAAACUUCGCAGGCAUCUGUACCCGAGGGUCAUUCAGACCCUCCUUCAAGAAGCCACUGCUGCGCAGGCCAAUCGACCAUCGCCUAGCCUUACUCGGAGCAUAGAGAAACUUACCGCUUUGAAAGAAGAUGCUGACAAGAACGGAGAGUCUGUCGACAACAAUGCGUGCCACGUUCUUUUUCAGCCCGAGCGCAUCUAUGCCCACGGUCGAUUCGUCAAGAAUUUCACCACCUACGACUUACGACGAGGCCAGGACGUGAUCAACCCCAAAACCUCAAGGCGCAACAUCAUGUGCCUCCGGGACCGCUCUUCCACCUUAUUCGAAAACGACGGCGACUCCGAUACCUUCAGCAGUGGAGGCCGCUUUCACUACGCACGCGUCCUUGGCGUGUAUCACGCCAACAUCAUCUACAACGGGCCAGGGUCUCUGGACCUCAGGCCACGUCGUUUCGAAUUCCUUUGGGUCCGUUGGUACGAGCAUUGCGGUGAGGGUAGCUGGGACUCCAAGCAGCUAGACCGCCUGAGGUUUACGCCACUCACGGAGGCUGAAUUCGACUCCGACACGAUCGGGUUCUUAGCGCCCGAAUACGUUCUUCGAGGCUGUCAUAUCAUUCCGCGCUUUGCGAAGGGAAAGGUUUAUGGAAAAGGGUCGCGUAUACGCGGUGCAUCCAACAGAAUCGGUGAUGAUGGAGACUAUAACGAGUACUACGUCAACAGGUUUGUAGACCGCGACAUGGUUAUGCGGUUCCACUGGGGUUUGGGGGUCGGGCAUCUCUAUAGCCAUGGCGAUGCACCGGAAAAAAAUGAAGAAUGGCCUGAGUCUCCUCUUCAAACAGCGCACGAACUUCUGCCAGAGAUGUCGCACCAUCAGCCUCCUGAGACAGAUUCAGACUUGGCGGAAGGGGAUUCCGAUUUGUUAGGCCGCCCGAUUGGCGACGGCUACGACCCCACCCUUGACGUUGACGAAUCUGACGACAGUACUGACUCUGAGGUGGACCCGGAAUUUAAAUUGGAAGACAGGGAGGCACUUGAGUGGGAAGUUGAAGGGAUGGAACCAGGGGAAGAGGGAGACGAAUUACACCGUGACAUCCUCGAUGAGGGCUGGGUCAGGGCUGAGUCGGAGAGCGGGGGAUCGAGCCUCGAGGGAAGCGACGGUGAAGACGGAGUUGAUAGUCUGGCAAACGCCCGGUAA